AGGGCGCCCAAGAUGGCCGCCUCCACGGGUGACUUGUUCUGCUUCUGUGCGGCUCCCGCGGGCCCGGCCCGGGCCAGGGUGGAAGUGAGAUUCAUCAGCAGCCUCAAGGGAAAAGGCUUAUUUGCCACUAGGAAUAUCCAUAAAGGGGAAACGAUCUUCGUGGAGAAGCCUGUGGUGUCAUCCCAGUUCCUCUGGAACGCGCUGUACAGAUAUAAAGCCUGCGACCACUGCCUGCGGGCCUUGGAGACGGCAGAAGAGAACGCGCAGAGGCUGCUGGGGAAAAGCUGUCGGAUCCUGCCUCACCCAGAGCAGUGCAGCAUCCGGAAGGAUUUGCAUCAGCACUGCCCCCUUUGCCAGGUUGCGUAUUGCAGUGCUGAAUGCAGGCAAUCUGCCUUUGAGCAAUACCACCAGGUGCUGUGCCUGGGCCCCUCCCGAGAGGACCCCAAACAUCCCCUCAACAAACUGCAGGACGCCUGGAGAAACAUCCAUUACCCACCGGAGACUUCCAGCAUCAUGCUGCUGGCGAGGAUGGUAGCCACCGUCAAACAGGCGAAGGACAAGGACUGGUGGAUAAAGCUUUUCUCUCAGUUCUGCAGCAAAACGGCCAACGAAGAAGAGGAGAUCGUCCACAAGCUGCUGGGGGACAAAUUUAAGGGCCAGCUAGAGCUCCUCCGGCGGCUCUUCACGGAAGCCCUUUACGAAGAACAUCUCAGCAGGUGGUUUACUCCAGAAGGGUUCCGAUCGCUGUUUGCCCUGGUUGGGACCAAUGGCCAAGGCAUAGGAACAAGUUCCCUGAGCCAGUGGGUCCAUGCCUGCGAUGUGUUAGAGCUUCCCCCGCACGAGCGAGAGCAGCUAGACGCCUUCAUAGACCAACUCUAUAAGGAUAUCGAGAAAGAGACCGGAGAGUUCUUGAACUGCGAGGGAUCUGGCCUGUACGUGCUCCAGAGCUGCUGUAACCACAGCUGCAUCCCCAACGCUGAGACAUCCUUCCCGGAUAACAACUUCCUCCUGCACCUCGUCGCCCUGGAGGAGAUCAAGCCGGGCGAGGAAAUCUGCAUUAGCUAUUUAGACUGCUGCCAGCGGGAGCGGAGCAGACACAGCCGCCACAAGAUACUCAGGGAACACUACCUGUUCACCUGCUCCUGCCCCAAGUGCCUGGCUCAAGCCGACGACGCCAACCUGACUUCGGAGGAGGAGGAGGAGCUGGAGGGCGAAGGAGAGACGGACGACGCGGAGCUGGAGGAUGAGAUGACGGACGUUUGAUCCUGGGCCUGGGGAUGGGGUUCGGCUUUGUACCGGAGACGGGACCGCGGGGAGGGACUGUGCCUGUGUUGGCCAAGGCUGGCGCGGCGGCAGGGAGAGAGCAUGUUAAGGUUUGGCUAGGUUGGGCAGUGGAGGAAGCGGGGAUCUUCCCUGCUCCUCACCAUCCUUCUGGGGGGUGUGUCUGUGGUCCCGGGGUCCCCUCUCUCUAGGUAAUGGCUCCACUUGUCCCAACCACUCAGAUAUCCGCGCACACAGACAUCACCUUGGUCUUGUUUGUAUCUGAUCCUGCACACAGAGCAAUACGCCGGGGGGGAGGGGAGACGACGCAUGCAGGGAAAGUCCCCGGCUCGUCUGAGCACAGCGCAUAAACCUUAAAGUUACUCUUGUUCCUGACGCUGGGCGAACAACCAGCUACGUCGGGGCUUCCUCUGAUGUCAAUAUCUAAGUGAUCUGAGAACUUGGAGAGCGGAGACUGGGGGAUUUGGGCAUG